CGUCACUCGAAUGCUACGCAGUGCUGAAACUGAACACAAGCGAUCACUGAUAAAAAAAAGGGGGAAACUACACACACUUUCACCCUUCCAUCCAGCACAGCAACGUGACAGAAUCCCACAGAGACGGGUAAGAUCUAAAUAUCUUUCGGCACUGUACUAAAGGAAUGAUCGGUAUUUUUUUUAUCAGGUAACAAUUGUUAGGUUUUAGGCCGAUGGGAAUUGCUGGCGGACAAGCUCGCUGAAGUCCCUCCGUUUUCACUGCUGAAUGUGAAUACAGCACGUAUGGCGCUCUUUGCGUAGAAAGCACUCAAAACCUACCCGCGCCUCAUCAUCACUCUGAACAGAAAUAUACUAGAAUUAAUAUGUUUAAAAGGUUAGUUAAUAACACAAAUUAAAGGACUAUCUUUAUUUUACUGGUACGGGCCUUUCUGUCCUACGACGAGGGCCUGAAGUGUUCGUCUUUCGAUGAACUGCCUACCCAAAUAGUGUUCUUCUUAUACAGUUUAGAAGAGGCACACACACCCCUUUUUAUUUCAAAACGUACACUGAAAGAAAUAGUAUUUUGACAAGAUUGUGUACGCGAUGUCCCCCCCCACCCCCCCAAAAAAACACAGACCAAUCCGAUCAUUCAUCUAAACUGUUCGUAGUACUAUCUGUCACUGUGUUUCGUAUGUAAUUCUUGUAGAUUUCAUUGAUAGUUUGGUAGCUAUAUAUCCGUCGUUGUUUACUUGGCUGGUGAACAUGCACGUUGUUGCCGCCCGUCGCUGUGAGAUCCUCUUCCUGAGCUAUCAUGGCAGCUGUGUUUAAAACCAAGGCGUUGCGGUGCAUGCCAUUGUGAUUAAAAACACCCAGUUUCGUUACUAGCAGAACAUGAGGUUAUAGAGAUUGAAUGUUACUGUGAAAAAUGUUUUACCUUUCUUUUUCUGGUGUAUUUCAGAUUUCUGUGAUCAGUCUGUACAAGUACCUCUCUCACCUUUCAGUGUAUGUAUGUAAUGUCUCCAUUUCCUAUUAAAAUAACGAUAUACCUUAACCUAAUGAAUUCUACGAGUUAUUGUAAUUACUUUUUAAUAGAUUAUUGUUGAUUUAUGACAAUAUAGCUGUUCCUGGGGUAAAUGGCAGAUUUUGUCCUCUACACUUCUAGAUCAUAAAAUAAUGUCUUCUAAGGUCUUCCAACAACUUACUUAGACUUUUCUGCUUUUCUUUCCUUCUAACACAUGCAUGUACACACACAGAUAUACCACACCUACACCAACAAUGGAAUUGGCAGUAGCCAAGGGUCUUAACAUCCAAAAAACAGGAUAAUUGUUCCACAGGCCCACUCCUACUUUAUUAGUCUCCAAGUCUCUACCACAUUCACAUUUUCUUUCACUGAUGAUUACACAACAUGUUAGCAGUGUAUCCAUGAAACAAAGUAUGCCACCUCCAGCAACCAACAACAGUAUGGUUUCAUAAGUAGGCCUAGAUUUUAGAAACUUGGAGGGCCUUAAAACAGUUUUUAAAACCUUCAGAUAUCAUUAAAUAGAUCAUUCGCUGACAGCAAUAUACCUGUACCUUACCUGUCUAGUGUAAUCUAUAGUAUCUAUUGGGGUUUACUAACAAGGGCAACUUGAUGCUGCUAUCAAGUGAUCACCUCUCAUUCUUUCUGUCCCUCUCACGAACAGAAAAGCUCACUGACCGUCACAGAGAGCUCACUGACUGUCACAGAGACGAUACAGGAGACGAGGAGAGACUUUGUGAGAGAGACCGACCAUGUCGACACAGAGGAAGGGAGCGGCAGCAAAGAUGCGAAAAUGUGCCUUCUGCAGGACGAACCGGGACAAGGAGUGUGGACAGCUGCUAGUGUCGGACAACCAGAAGGUGGCAGCUCACCAUAAGUGCAUGGUGAGAAGAAGCACACAGUCAGUGGUAUUGCACCAACUACUGUAUGCAUUGGCCAUCCAUAAGGGCUUCUCAAUGCCAAUCAAUUUAACUCUCAUAUAAAACCAUAUUUAAGUGUCACUCCACAAUAUUACAGUAUUGACUAUCCAUGUUACAGAUUUUAAAAAAUCAAUAAAGAUUUGAGACGCUGUAGGUCUAGCCGAUGUGAAAUGGCUAGCUAGUUAUUGGUGACGUCACUCGCUCUGAGACCUUUAAGUAGUUAUUACCCUUGCUCUGCAAGGGGUGCGGUUACUGGUUACGAUGCUUCGUGGGUGUCAGUUGUCAAUGUGUUCAGAGGGUCCCUAAUUUGAGCCCAGGAUGGGGCAAGGAGAGGGACAUAAGCAACACUGUUAUAUAAGCAAUCAUAUAGGGCCUGGACGAUACCAGUAUCGCGAUACUCGUUAGUAUCGUGGCAAGGAAACAAAACACAAAGUGGAUUUAACUUCUUUAGGAAAACCGCCCUAAUGUUGGAAACAAACAUCAUUAUGUUGUCAUCCAGAGUUACAUUUAUUUAUUUUCCAAGCUAUAGCAGACAAUAUUUUACAUACAGCAGGUUUUUAAAGGACCAAAGAGUAUGGUCUGCUUCGUGUUUUCAGUUUUUGCCAUGGAAAAGAUAUUGCGAUACUGGUAUAGUUACAGCCCUACAAUUGUAUAUGUUUCUAUAUUGUAGCUUAUUAUUACAAUUAGCAUGGAGUGUCAUUGUGUCUCAGUUGUGAAACCUUAUGCUGCUUAGGGCUUUGCCGGUCAUGGAAUUUUGCUUCAUGGUAAUUGGCCAAGCAAAUGACAGAGGCCACCAUAAUAACACCCUUCCCCCCCAAAGAUGCAAAUGUUAUCCUCUCCACUCCUGACCGUAUGUGCUGCCAUAGAAAUAGAAUGACUAGAACAGGCGUCCCCAUUCAAGUCAAUUAUGGUAUAAUGGGUGGACUGGCGGCCAUUGCGAGGAGCAAAGCAGGAAGUACCCAUCAGUAAGUGCUGUGAUUACAAAACGGACAUUUAACAAAUACAUUCCAUCGCAUGAGCCACAUCAGUUAACAUCAUUUGAAUGAACAUAUUACAUUACCAUGGAAAUUAUAUAUAAAUACCAGGCAGCUGUUGCGAGUGUACCAAUGAGUUUACCAGUCAAGUUGCCAGGGUUGGAGGUUCCAAGCCCGUUCUAUUAAUUAUAUUUCUAUGUGUGCUACUGCUGCAGGAAGGGUGGUGUUGCCUAGACAACCGAAGACUUGUUUGCUUCUAGAACUUGCUUGUUUCUGCAAGGAGCAAAAAAGUUUCACCACGUUCUUAAGAGUCCAUGUCACCACAGAAACGGACUCGACUGCACGAAUGCCCGGCCAUCCCGUCUUCAGUCAGCUGUUUAAAAAACAAUUUAAAAACGGUUCUGACUUUUUUUCUUUUUCAUAACGGUCUUCAUCCAUAACCGUCAGUUACACAGUAAUAGUGCCAGCCUGAGUUCUACUCUCUGAGAAGUAGAACAUAGUAAUUGCUUGUGUUGUCCAGGUAUUCUGUUGAAUGAUUUUUGUCAUUGCCCUGUGCAGCUUUUCUCCUCCGCUCUGGUUACAUCUCACUCAGACUGCAACGACAACAUCGGGGGGUUUUCUGUCCAGGACGUGAGAAAGGAGCUCAAGAGAGGGAAUAAACUUGUGAGUCUCCAUGGCAAGAUAUUAAUUUACAUUACAUUUUACAUUUUAGUCAUUUAGCAAUGUGAUUUGUAGUCCUCACAUUUGGAAUGCGUCCCAAAUGGCACCCUACGGCGAGUCUUAUAGGGCUCUGGUCAAAACUAGUGCGCGAUAUAGGGAAUGGUGUGCCUUUAAGGACUCAUCCCACGGUGAGUUGCCAGGUUCAGCUAGUGAGAUGGGAGGUCUGGUUCUUCUCCUACCCUUCAGAUGUGUUGGUCCUGCCACCGGCCUGGUGCCACUGUUGGCUGUGAUGUGAAGACAUGCCGGCGGACGUAUCACUACUACUGCGCAGUAUGGGACAAGGCCCAGGUCAAAGAGAAUCCCUCACAGGGGAGCUACCUGUAAGUGCCCAGUGUACAUAACCGUAUUACAACACCAUUUAGCUUGACGUUUCUGUAAAAAAUUAUCCUAAUAUUUCUGUCUUUAUAUGUAGUGUGUAUUGUCGCAAACACCGGGAUGCCUCCCAGGAUGCCAGUGAAGGUAUCUAACUUCUCUUCUGCGUGAUGCUCAGCACACAAAGGAUGGCUUUUCUUUUGACACUUUUAAAGUAGACCACGAGGAUAACUGUUGUUGAGGGUGAAUGGCCGGCAUAUUGAUGUAUCCAAUUUAUAUUUUUCAGAUGAACAGGGAGGUGUGGCCAAUGACUCAGACUCCUCCCCUCCGCGGAGUAGGGGGCGUGGGAGAUUCGAGAAAGAGCGAAUCAAAGUUGGAUCCCGUGGCCAAUCAGAGGACACACGCUCAACCUCCUCUCAAGGCGUAGAUGAUGAGAGCUCCUCGCAUGUAAGACCACACACACACAAAACAUUUGGCCUGAACAUGUAUCCUGAGGUGUUGUCCUGAACAUGUAUCCUGAGGUGUUGUCCUGAACAUGUAUCCUGAGGUGUUGUCCUGAACAUGUAUCCUGAGGUGUUGUCCUGAACAUGUAUCCUGAGGUGUUGUCCUGAACAUGUAUCCUGAGGUGUUGUCCUGAACAUGUAUCCUGAGGUGUUGCCCUGACCAUGUAUCCUGAGGUGUUGCCCUGAACAUGUAUCCUGAGGUGUUGCCCUGAACAUGUAUCCUGAGGUGUUGCCCUGACCAUGUAUCCUGAGGUGUUGCCCUGACCAUGUAUCCUGAGGUGUUGCCCUGACCAUGUAUCCUGAGGUGUUGCCCUGAGGUGUUGCCCUGACCAUGUAUCCUGAGGUGUUGCCCUGACCAUGUAUCCUGAGGUGUUGCCCUGACCAUGUAUCCUGAGGUGUUGCCCUGACCAUGUAUCCUGAGGUGUUGCCCUGACCAUGUAUCCUGAGGUGUGUGUCUGUGUGUUUCAGAGGGACAGGUCCCCUCUGAGGGGCUCUGGGGACGGUGGCCAGCGCUGUGGCUUCUGCCACUCCGGCGAGGAGGAGAAUGAGAUGCGGGGCGUGCUCCAUGCAGAUAACGCAAAAAAGGUUGCUGCACAUUACAAAUGCAUGGUAAGUCUUACCUUAUCACUUGUCAGUCUGUACAUGGUAAGUCUUACCUUAUCACUUGUCAGUCUGUACAUGGUAAGUCUUAUCUUAUCACUUGUCAGUCUGUACAUGGUAAGUCUUACCUUAUCACUUGUCAGUCUGUACAUGGUAAGUCUUACCUUAUCACUUGUCAGUCUGUACUAAGCUGUAACAAUCAUUGUUCAUCAAAAAAGAAACUAGUUUCCUGCUGAAGAUGGUCUGUAUACUAUUGCUUGUCCAAGCAUUACUUUGUGCAAGAUGUAUGGAUUGGAAAAGCACAAUCAGUUUUAAAGGUAUUUUCUGCUGUACUCUGAUUCGUCCUGUCUGUCAUCUGACCUGGUCGUCUCUCCUCCCUGGCAGCUGUUCUCAUCGGGAACCGUCCAACUUACCACCUCCUCACGGGCUGAAUUUGGGAACUUUGACAUCAAAACGGUCAUCCAGGAGAUCAAGAGGGGGAAGAGAAUGGUGAGAACCUUGGAGAUAGCGCUGUAGUACGGUGAUGUGAAGACGCAAGGGUGGCUCAGUGGGACAAGUAGAUUACUAGCACUAGCAACUCAUUAAAUGUUAUUUGCAGAUAAUUUAAUGCAUUUCUACUGAAUAUGGGAGAAGUUCCUUGAAAGUCACCAAUGCUAUGUCAGAGACCUGUUGUAUUACCAAUCAGAUUGAUGUACCCAUAGAGAUCCUAUUAAAUUAGUAUUCUAAUUCUAUGGAUGUACCUUCCUUAGUUGAAUGCACUGACUGUAGGUCACUCUAGAUAAGAGCAUCUGCUAAAUGACUAAAAUGUAAACGUAUAUUGAUGGUCUCUUCCAGAAAUGUACCCUGUGUACCCAGUUGGGAGCCACCAUUGGAUGUGAGAUCAAAGCCUGUGUGAAGACCUACCAUUAUCACUGCGGCCUGCAGGACAAGGCCAAGUACAUAGAGAACAUGGCUCGUGGCAUCUACAAGUGAGAUUCUCCUCUGCUUUCUCAUUUUCAGGUGUCAAGUGCAUAGUGGAUAGUUUUCUUCUUGUUCAUAAAAUAAACACUGUUAGUUUGCUGUUGGUAAUUUAAUUACAUUUGUAUAAUUAAUAAAGUAUAAUUUAUUUGCGCCUGAAAGAUCUAAAUUAUAUUCCUCAAGUUACUAUUCCUGUAGGCCUACACGGCAACUUUCUAUUUUAUUUAUUUAUUUUAUUUCACCUUUAUUUAACCAGGUAAGCCAGUUGAGAACAAGUUCUCAUUUACAAAUGCGACCUGGCCAAGAUAAAGCAAAGCAGUCACUCAGGGAACAGAUGCCUAAUAUGUUGUCUUUGCAUCACGCCAAAGUUCUAUGAGAAAAAUAGCUUUGCCAUUUGAGAAUUGCACCUAUGUAAGCCUCACAUGCGGUUUGCAACACAAUUACCUUGAAGGCUGAGAGAAUGUAAACCGACCAUACAAGUGGUAGUUCAACAACCCUUUGCCUGUUGUAUAAGCCCUUUCUGUAAUGAUAUGUAACCGUUGUAAAGAUAUGUUAUAAGUUGACAUUACACUAUUGUCUCUGCUCCAGGCUGUACUGUAAGAAUCACAGUGGGAAUGAGGAGCGGGAUGAGGAGGAUGAGGAGAGGGAGAGUCGCAACAGAGAGAGGGCGGCCAUUGAUCACGGGGGAACAGUGCCUCUGCCUCCGCCACAAGUCAAUGGCAACUAGGUAUGGCACUGACACACCUGCCUGGAUCAAAUGGCGAUGAAAAAGUACCAGUAGUCCAGCAGCUAGGGUAGGCCAGCAGCUAUGAAGUAUUUGGUAUAUGGCUGAUGUCAAUGUUCUCCCUUCACAGGUGAUGGUUGAGGAUUGCAGGAUAAGAAGCGAGGGGAUAUCCAAGAUGGAGCAAAGAUAUUUUUCUAUUGCGUUCUACUCCCGAAGCAGGGGGCCACUGCCAGCCCCCUCAUUUGCCCUUUCAGUUUCAUCAAACGUCAGACACACACCCCUGCCAGAUGCCAACAUGUCAGCCCCUGGCUUCUUCACAAACCUCUUUCAUAUUGUUAAGUUUCAUGAAAUGGCACGGACGGACUGGAGUACUAAGAGCAAAACACUGCUGCUGGGUGAACGACAACGCAUGAGAGUGGUGGUCAGUUGUGGUCUCCCUGUAAUACAUGUUGUAUUGCUCUUAAAGAAGACAUGACUGGACAAAGUUAUCAACAUUCACUGUAUCUUGCUUCCCAUGUGCCCCACAGCAUUCUAGUCCUAUACAAACAAUAUUAUUCUUCGUAUAGCUCUUCUUCAAGGAGGCUGCCUUGUAAUAUUUUAGAUCCCC